AUGGCCUCGAACCACCCAAUCCAUAUCCACCCCGCGCGGCCCCUCUACAGGUUCACCGCAACGGCCCUGGGUGCCAGCAUGUGGUUUUUCUUGAUGUACCGAGCCAAGAAGGAUGGGCCUGCUUUGUUGGGUUGGAAGCAUCCUUGGGAUCAUUGA